AUGGCGACACUUAUUAAUUCAACUGAACGCAUUUAUUAUCGAGAUACUUAUCUAGAUAACUUUGAAGCUAAAAUUAUUGCAAUUGGAAAUGACGAUGAUGGUGAAUUUGUAAUUUUUGACAGAACAAUUUUUCACCCUCAAGGAGGUGGUCAACCGGAUGACCAAGGAUAUUUUAAAUUAAAGGAUAAACAAUUUACUAUUAAAAAAUUAUUGGCUCCACGAAAUCCUGAAUAUGAUCCUUAUUUGAUAAAGCAUUAUUAUGAAAAAAGUGACUCUUUUAACAUGGAGAAAGAAAUUAAUCAAACAGUCUUACAAGUAAUCAACAUGGAAACCCGUAUUCUUUACGCUCGUUAUCAUUCUGCUGGUCAUCUAUUAUCAAAUGCAGUUAACAAGUUAUACCCUGAACUAGAUGGUUGUAAUGGAAAUCAUUUUCCGAAAACAGCGUUCGUAAUAUUUGAAGGGAGUCCUUUACCCAAUCUUCAAGGACUUAAACAUAAAGUGAACGAUUUUGUUAAUGAGCUGAUAAAAAAUGAUCUUCCUAUUAAAACAAAUUGGGAGGUUAAACCUAGGACUAUUCAAUUCGGUGAUUUUAAAUCCUACCCUUGUGGAGGAACUCAUAUCGCUAAAACUUCAGAAAUUGGAGUGGUCGUGAUUCGUAAUGUUAAGAAAGAGAAAGGAAGAUUAAGAAUAGGUUAUGACGUUUACGAUUAA